AAAAUUUUUUCUCAUGAAAGUGAAAAUUUUUUUUAAUUAAUUUUUGAAAAAUUAUUUAAGAUAUAAUUAAAAAAAAAGUGAAAUUAAAAAAAAUUCAAACACGAUAAAUUUUACAGUGCUUUGAUUACAAGUACAACUGUAUGUAUACAUACAUAUAUAGUGAGUGAUGUGCUUUAAUUAUUUUUCAUAACGAUGCAACAAAAUAAAAAAUUAAAAUCAAAAAAAUUAAAAUUUGAAAAGCGAUGGAGAAAUCAUAUUUGUUUUUAAUUCGCUUCACUUUAAUACUUUUAGUAGAUAUUUAUUUAAAAUAUACUGAUGCUGUCCUAAUGAGAUGCCCCUAUUAUCAAAUAAAUUUUCAAAAAAUCAUUGGAUAUCGACCUUCUCGAAGUUUUUUAACACCAUUUCAUUUAAAUGAUUUAAACAAUGAAAAUAAUAAUAGUAUAAGUACAAAAACAUCAUUGGAUCUUCUUAAUCUUAAUUGUUGGAAAAUUUGUCAUAAUAAUGAAGACUGUAUGGGUUAUGUAUAUUUAAUGGAUGAACAAAAGUGCUAUGAAUUUAAAAAUGUAAAUAAAUCCAUAAAAUAUGAAACAAUACAAAAAAACAUUGACCUAGUACUAGAUGAAAAUGCAAUUUAUUUUGAGAAAACAUGUCUUAAUGUUCCGGAUAAUUGUAAGGGAAAAUUUUGGCCAAUAAUUAAAAUUCCCGGCAGUAAAUUAAUAUAUCAAGGAAAGAAAAUGGUUAAAUCAUUAGUCACGAAGCGUGAAUGUGCAGAAAGAUGUAUUUUUGAAACAGAAUUCACUUGUUUAUCGGCAACAUUUACACCAUCAUAUAAAAAUAAUCAGGCAAGAUUCAGUGAUGUAAUAUCAUCCGGUGAAAUUCUUGGUAGUUGCGUAUUAAAUGACAAAGAUAAAAAUCAAUCACCAGAUUCAUAUAAAUCGGGUUUAAUAGAUGAAGAAUAUAUUGAAAAUCAAUGUGUAGCCAAACCAAUUGAAAAUAUUAACUGUUCAUAUGAAUUAUAUUCAAAUAGCACGUUUAUAAUACCUGAAAUCCGAUAUGAUGGAUUAACACAAAAACAGUGCCAAGAAAACUGUUCAAAAGAAAUUCGAUUCCAUUGUCAAGGUGCUUCAUUUAUACAAUAUGAAACUGAUGAUAGAAAAUCUCAAUGUUAUCUUCAUUCGGAAAAUUUCAUUUCAAUUGGUUCUAAAGCUUUAAAAUUAAAAGAGAAUUCAAUUUACUUAAGACGCGUAAAUUGUCUUAACGUUUCUGUGCAGUGCACAAAUGAUGAGAUGGUUAUAAAAUUUGUAACAAGAGAUUGGUUCCGAGGUAAAUUAUAUGUGAACUCACAUUCUGAGGACUGUUUUGCUGAAGGAAAUGGAAUGAAUACGAUAUUACGAUUACCAAUUGGAACAGAACAAAAAGAAAGUCAAUGUGGAAUACUUAGAGCUUAUGAAGUUACUCCGUCUUAUAAAAGAACAUUUAUUUCGACAUUACUUGUUGUUCAAUACAAUGCAAACGUUCAAACACAAGGUGAUCGUAUAAUAAAAGUUGGCUGUAUUAUAACUUCAACUGAUAAUAAAUUACCAAAUGCAUUAGCACUUGAAGCUGUAACUGUAUCACCUCCGGAAAAAGAUUUCCAAGAAACGGAACGAACUCCCCGUCAAGAACAAAUCUUUUUAAAUACUACAACAAAUCGUACAAGUGCAAUAUCAAUGCAAAUAAUAGAUUUAAAUAAACAAUUUGAAACAAAUGAUGUUCAAAUUGGACAAAAUUUAGAAUUUCGUAUUAUUGAAUCACCAAUUGAUAAAUAUUAUGAUUUUAAAGUAUCAUCAUUAAUAGCAAAAUCAAAUGGACAAAUAUUUCAUUUAAUUGAUAAAAAUGGUUGUCCAACAGAUCCAGCAAUAUUUCCACAAUUAGAUGAAAUUAUUGAUAAUAAUCGAAAAAUUCUUAGAGCUAAAUUUAAUGCAUUUAAAUUUGCUGGUUCAUCAUUAGUUAGUUUUGAUGCUGUUUUACAAUUUUGUUUAAUGGAAUGUCCAUCAUCAAAUUGUGAAAAUCCAAUUGGUACAGAUUUAUUAGGUAGAAGAAGAAAACGACGUGAUGAUAUUGAUAAUAAUGAUAAUGAAAAUGAAAAUAUAGCAUUUGAUCAAGCGAUACAAGUUCAAAAUUCAUUAUAUGUGACAUCAAUAGGUGAAAAAAGAAAAUUAGAAGGUAAUGGAACUGAAUUGUUGGCCAAAAUUGAAGUUCCAUUAAGUUUGAAUUUAAGUGUUCAUGGUCAACCAUUAUGGGAUGGUAAAGAGGGAAUGGUAUAUGGUGAUAAUGGUUUAGUUAUAAAUCCAUUAAAGCCUGAAAAUACUAUGUAUUCGAGUCCUGGAACAAUAUGUAUCAAUACAAGUUUACUAGUCGCUUUAAUCAUUUUUGGAAUUAUCUUUCAAAUUGCACUUUUAUUCGGUUGCUGGUAUUUAAUAUUAAAAUAUAAAAAAAUUGCUGAAAUGAAUGAAGAUCGAAAAUCUUUACAAACCAUACAUGAGCACUUACAGUAUAUUGACAAUAAUAGAAGAGUACAUUGGGGAGAUAGUUCUAAUUUUGCUUUUUAAUUUAUAUUCAAAUUUAUUUUUUUUUUUAUUAAAUUUUAGAAAAUGUAUGUAUGUAUAUGUGUAUUUUUUAAAUUAAUUUGUUUAUAAUAAAUUAAAAUUACAAUUUAAA